AUCGCGCGCUCCAUUCAAACGGUGGAAGAAGCGCUCGAGUAUCGCCACGACCGGAUGACGCCAGAAGUUCACGAGUGAACGAUUACAAUGGCAACCUGACCAUGCACCUACAGAAAGUGUUGCCGAGCGCACUGGGCUCAAGAUUGCGGAGGAGAUCAACAAGAAACACCUGCAGAAGCAGCGACCUGCCUCGCUUAUUCGGGAUCUAUCGCCGCUGGCUGUUCCGGCUAUGUCCGGUCGUGCGAUAGUCUAAGCCGGCACUGUAAGAGUUCGGACUUGAUCUCCAGCAUGGAUUUGGUGCAGAGCAUUUCCUCGAAGGAAUUCAAUGGCACCCAACUCCAGCAGCCGCAGGUGGCCAAACAGUAGUCUCCACGUACUGCGAUAUGCUUCUGGAAAUAGCCCACGUGCAGCGAACCGUCCCAGCAGCACAUGAAGACCAACACGAACCGCUGACAGCACAGAUGCAACAUCGACCUGCUGUUGCAACGUCGAUCAGAACCUGGCGCUGAACAUGCUGAGGGAGGGUGAGAAGGACAUUCCCAGACUGACGGAUACAACCAUGCCGCGUCGUCUCGGACCAAAGCGUGCGACCAACAUCCGCAAGCUGUACAACCUGACCAUGUUUGUGGAGAAGCGCCCGCUGCCGGAGAAGGACGGCAAGAAGACUAAGUCCAAUUCGGCCAAGAUCCAGCGUCUUAUCACUCCAGGUGUGCUGCAGCGCAAGAGCUCUCGUCUGGCAUCAAAAAGAGUUGCGAUGAGUCGCGUCCAAGUAUAUAAAGGUGCCGGCCCUGCGCCGUCGGAACGUAUCUGCCGCCGGAUCCGACUGUCGUCCAUGCGAGAAUUGCGCAGUUCAGUUGAAUCCGAGAAGGAGAAGAACAAGGCCGUUGUCAAGGCUGCCAAGAAGGUGACCGAAGUCGCCAAGUCCGCCAAGAAGUCCGAGGCCGGCAAGAAGGCUGUUACAGGGGAAGGAAAAGAAGAUCUUGAAGAAGGACGCAGCGGCCGGAACCUGGUCUUGCGGUUUUUGUAAUUUGAUCUUAAUGGUGACACAAAUAUACAGAGUUAAGAAAUCCUACCGCGCUCUGUAGUUAUAGAAUAGACCUAAUCAAUGGUAAACAUAACAACGUGGUAUUUUCUGUUGAAGUAAUAAAACUAAAUACUGUUUGCUUUUUAUUCUUAUCUUCUUCUUAGGAGAAAUGUUAAUUAAAACAUAUUAUUUUUAUUGCUUGAACACCAAAUAAAACUCAGUUGAGCGGAAUUUUCAUGUUCAAUGCUUAGCUUAGUUUUAUUUGUCGUGUUUAAGCAAUAAAAAUAAUAUGUUUUGAUCUUUUAAUUAAUAUUUAUUUUUCGUACACAUUUGGUUUGCGUCCUGGGGGAAUAAAUCCAUCUAGUGGUGAAAAGCGGUACUAGCCCAGCAGCGGCAAAGUAUGGUGGCGCCGCCAGUGGUGAAUAGUGAAAACAGCCAAAAGCUGCGCGCGGCGACACGCACACAUUCAAACUAACUGUCAAAUUUGGAACAAAGCAAGAUGAACAUCGGAUGGUCAGCGCGCUUUGAGCAUCGGAUUCUCAUGAUCGUUUAUGAUCAUUCGAUGUUCAAGAAUCGGGUACCAAUGCUCAUAAAAUUCGC